AAAUCAUACAGAACCUAUAUACGACGUCUGAACAGUUGCCCUGUGGUCUUCAGAGCUGGUGAAGUUUGAUGGGCACGUGACUCUUACCGGACCCCCCAGGAGAAACUAUUAUGGGAUGUCAGUAAGCGUCUUACGUCGACAGGCGCAUGCGCGUGAGCCUUUUCCUUGUAUUGUCGUGGGGGGUGAGGAUUUAGCGUACAGAUAUCAAAUUUGAAGACUUACUUCCGAUAUCGUGUGUCAAGUUGAUGUGAAGUUUAUUCCAUUUUAAAUGCCUACACCGUCCAAAAGAGAAGAAGAUCUGUCAGAAGAUCAGUCUGAAGGCGGUACGGAAGAAGCAGAAGAAGACUCAUUGGCAGAUGGUGAAGGAGAUGACCUUGAACAGGAUGAAGAAACAAAUCCUGAUGACCAGGGGGAUGGAGAUGAUGAAGAUGAAGCUGAUGGUGAAAAUGAAGAGGAGGAACAACCAGUAGAGCAGCUAGAAGAAUUGGCUCCUCCUGAUGAUGAUGAAGAGGAGGAUUUAGAUGAACCAGAAAGACUACCUAAGCCAAAGAAAGAGAGAGGAAAGAAAAGAAAAGCAAGGGGAGAUGGAGAAAGAAAGAGAGAAAAGAAGAAGAAAAAGAAGAAAGCCAUGUCAGACAGUGCUGAGGACACUGACAGCAAUUUGCUAGGGGAUCAAUCUGACAAUGACAGUGACUAUGUUUUAGAAAAUAAGGGAGCUAAGAAGCAAACAAAUUCUAAGGUGAGAUUAACAUUACUGUAGAUUUUGUAUCAAAAU